UCGUCAGCUGGUAGAGAUCAACCUCGGUCGGCUUGAGGAACUGUGUACCGUAGUUUUGGUCAAAUAUUAGGCUGUUCGUCUUUUUUUAAAGAUUGUCAGCAAGUUCCCGCGUCUGUCUGGUGGGAUUUAGUUUGUUGUCUAGCUGCAUGACGAUUUUGUUUUUGCCUACGUGUGCGGUGCAUUAAUUUUAUCUAGUUCGCCGAAGAAUUGCGGCGCAGUUUGUGGAUAGACUAUAGCCCUCGAGAUAGGCUACGCACACUACCAACCCAGCGAUCGCUAACCACAAAAUGUGAAGACCAUGGUUGAAUUCCGCGGCUCAGUCAUCACAGAUCGACAAGGCGAUUCCGAGAUGCUGAACCAGAACACAGUUAGAAAGAAUUGCCAAGCACCUGAUUAAAAUCACCUCAGCAUUUAACAUCACAACUACUUUUUUAAUGUUAUUAUAUAUUUUUACAGAAUAUUAUUUUGCUGAUUUUGUUUUGAUUUAGAAGGUAUCAUUUUUAUUUCGUGAGCAUUUUAAAAGGCUAGGCUCUCGGUGACACUUCAUUUCAACGCAAAGGAUCCACAAACCAUGGCAUUUUUAAUGAAAAAGAAAAAGUUCAAGUUUCAAACCACUUUUACGCUGGAGGAACUGACGGCUGUGCCGUUCGUAAAUGGGGUGCUCUUCUGCAAAAUCAGAUUGCUGGACGGGGGAGAUUUCAGAGCUUCGUCUUCAAGGGAGGAGGUGCAGGAGAACUGCGUUCGCUGGAAGAAGAGGUUCUCCUUCGUGUGUAAGAUGAGUGCCAGCUCGACUACCGGGGUGCUGGACCCCUGUGUCUGUCGAGUCUCUGUCCGCAAGGAACUCAAAGGAGGAAAGACUUUUUCAAAGCUGGGCUUUGCGGAUCUGAACCUGGCGGAGUUUGCUGGCUCAGGCUCCAUCGUGCGCUGCUCCCUGCUGGAGGGUUACGACACUAAGAACACCCGGCAGGACAACUCCAUCCUGAAGGUUACCAUUGGAAUGACUCUCUUGUCUGGGGACCCCUGCUUCAAAACGCCUCCGAGCACGGCCAAGUCCAUCUCGGUCCCGGGCCAGGACCACUCCCUGCAGCUGGACUGUAAGGGGGAGGGGACCACUACCACACCCACACCUACCUCGGGAAGGCCGCUGAAAUUAAAGAGCCCCGUCCUCAACCCUGGUCUGCUGGAGGAGCUGGAUCAGAACCCCUCCAGCCCAGACGAGGUCUUUCACAUCGGCCACUCCCGCAACUCUAGCUACGCCAGCCAGCACAGCAGGACAUCAGGCUGCAGCUCGGCCUCCUCCAGCCUGACGGACCUCCCACGCCGCCGCACCGCCUCCACCAGCAGCAGCAGCGCUUCAGGGGCCCCCGGCACCGCCGUCGAGGCCCCCCAGGAGCCCGAGCGGGAGCCCCCUCGCCCCGAGAGACCGCCCCGGCCCCCCGCUCCCCAUCCUGCUCUCCAACCGGCCUUCCAGGCAAGGAGGAAGAAUGACGUGGUUGCGGAGAGGCAGCCCACCUGGGUGGAUGACACGCGCAUUGAUGCUGACGACAUCGUGGAGAAGAUCGUCCAGAGCCAGAACUUCUCUCACGACUUCAACAAUGAAGACAGUAACCUGAGACUGUUCGUCAGCCGGGAUGGGUCCACAGCGCUUAGCGGGGUUCACCUGGGCAACAGGGUAUCAGCAGGAGUGUAUGAGCCGGUUGUGAUUGAGAGUCAUUAGUUCCCUGCAGUCCUGGAGUGUCAGCACCCUGCAUCUCUUCCUGCCUAGUGGAAGGAACAGCAACGUGUUUGCAGGCGGGCGUGCUCACACGUGCAGGGACAAAAACAUGGAAAAACCUGAUGUGGGGAAAAUGGUUGUAACCCUAUUUGUGGUGGCUGGGAAUACUGAUUAUGUCACUUAUCUUAUUCUUGUUCUGUUUUAACACACUGGACCUGGAAACCUGGAUUUCCCAAACUGCUUGGCACCUCAAAGAGCAGAAAGCAGUGUUGUGUGUAAUACUGAAAAUUAGAGGAAGCCAAGGAGUCUGGGAAAUGCUGUUUUUUGGUGUGGAAAUGGGGUAAUGCGAUCAGUUGCAUAGGGUGAACCACCACUGCUUAGUUUAGCUCUUCAGUUUAACCUGUUUAACAUCACUGUUGCUAUUUGGAAAUUUAAACCUGUGAUUUAAUGAGCGUGUACUACAUUUUGUUUGUGUGUAUGUGUAUGAGAGGGGGAGAGAGAGGAAGAGAGAGAAAGAAGGUUGUGUGGGCUUCUUUGCAAAUGUAAGAAUGUACACAAGUAAAGAAUAUGGCAACGGCUGUUCAGGCCAUUAAAGUGGGCUUAAACACCAGGUUACAGAGGCCUAGCCUAUCUCUCUUUCUCUCUCUUUCUGUCCCUCUCCCUCUUCCUCUUCCUGAGAAGAGAUGAUAGACAUUUUCCUGGUAUGUUUGCAUACAGCUGUUGAUACUAAAUGGUAAAAUUCCCCCAGUCUUUGGCCCCUCAGGGGUCUCCACUUGCACAAAUGGGCUUCUUUAGAGCCUCAUUGGAAUCUGGUUGCAAACCCUGGCUCAUAACCGGGUAUGUGAACGAGCUUUUUGCAUACCUGGUGAAACCAAACCCCAGUCUUUGGCAAAAAUGGGGGAAAUGGUGAGGUGGGCUGGUGGGGAAAUUUUUUUUCUUAUGUGGCACUUUAUAACAUGGUGUUUUAUCACAUGUAUGUAAGUCUAGGUGUUUGGUUCUGAUCAGUGCACAGCUGCUCUGUGUAGGGGUUGUAUUGUGCUCAAAACAGGUUUUUGGGGAACCCCACUGGAACUACCGCGCAUCUAGGCAACGCCUGCUCCUGCAGUCAUUUGGGUCAUGUUUCCUCAUGUUUCAUCAUGUUGAUAAUAAGUUCAAUGAUAUAGAAUUCCUCAGUCCCUAGUCAUGUAUGGCUGGCCACAUUUUGACUUUGGGAGGACAGUUCUAUGGCCGUUCUCUCCACAGAGGGGCUGAGCCCCCGCUGCUUUCUGCUUCUCCUCUGUGCCGCGGUGCUGCUGCCACACCCUCACUGGGCUGUGGCUACAAGAGGAAGCGAAACGUCACUGUUUGUUUUUUUAAUCUGUUGGUUUAUUGUUUUUUUUGCCUCCGGCAGUAAUGGCUGGUAUAGUCUGUUAUGUUUUCCCGCAUGAUGACUCUCCUAAUGUCAGUUUUGGGGGGUAGAUUCUGGUAGAUAUUGCACCCACCCUCCAUUUAAAAAAAAAAGAAAAAGUGUAGAACCCUAAAUAGUCUCCAAAUGGACGACCGCUUUGAUUGGAGCUGUAGAUUUGAGAACAGCAGUGAGGUCAGUCCAGCCUGUAAUAGAAUGAAACUGACAUGGCAGAGUCCACCUGGAUGUUUCCGUUUCCUUUUUUCUGUUG